CGACCAUCCAUCCUUCAACUUCCCCCACUCACCCCCGGAAUGGCCUGCGGUUCGAGCCGCCUUCCCUGGCCUCCUCUUCGUCCGUCGCUGCCACCAUGACCAACCGUGACCCUGAGUUUCGGCAUCAGCUGGGCAAGUUCCGACUCGAUCCACUGCCCAUCUCCUCCGUGUCCUCUCAUCCCCAGCUUCCUCAUCCUCACUCCAUUCCCUCUCCGCAGUCGUUGCCGCCGCCGCCGCCUCCUCUGCCGCCUCAGCACCAUCACCAGCAACAGCAACAGCAACAGCAGCCACUACGCCAACAGCCCCAACCGCCUCAACCGCCACACCCCCCCUUGCAAUCGUCCCCCUCGCACCUUUCUCCUGCUCGCAGCAAACGUGUAUCGACAGCAUGUGAUUUUUGCCGGAAAAGGAAAAAGAAAUGUGACUUUCGAUACCCCAAUUGCUCUGCGUGUACUCGUGCUGGCGUCCGCUGUACCAUUCCCCCACCGGGUCCUCAGGUCGCGGCUGCGUCCGUUCCUCGCGAUCAGCUAGAAAACCUACAAAACCGCGUCAGAUGGCUGGAAGAAGUCGUGCGCCGCAAGACCGGCAUCUCUGUGGCCGAUCGGCCCACGGGGACGGCCUUGGAUAGCGAAGGAGAUCCGGACUGGUGGUACCAGGUACCGGCCAUGAUGAUGACCAGGGGAAGUCCGGCGCACUCAACACCUACAACGACGGCAACCGCGCCGUCCAGCAGCCCGGCUCCCACUUCAUCUGCUGUAGGUACAGAGUUACCGAAUGUGGGUGAGAUCUUUCGUGACCAUUUGGAGCAUCGAAGGCCUUCCAUCGCGCGCCCGGUCGCGUCCGCUCCUCGCGUCAUCCGGCUUGCCUCGCUGGAAGAGGCCGAACGAGUGACCUCACAAUACUUCGAUAGCCUGGGGUACCAGUAUCCGUUUCUGAACCGUGUCGAGUUUUUCGCCCAUCUCCGGCGGAUCUAUGCGGGUGAGGUACCCGCUCCGGAGGUUCAUCAUUCGUAUCACAUCACCAUAGCUACGGCCCUGUUGAUCGGGUCUGCCGACGAGUCACAGGCAGCCGAGUUCUAUCACGUCAGUAACGAGACCAUGUCACUGGCCUUACAGAAUGAGGACCUGGCGGCUGUUCGGGCCCUGCUGAGCGUGGCAGUAUACACAAUGUUUGCGACCACGGGUCCGAGUGUGUGGCAUAUCCUCGGGACCGCUUUGCGUCUCGCUACCAGCCUAGGACUGCACAAACCCCGUUCCGUGGGUAAUGUGGUGGAAGAGGAGAUGGCUAAGCGGGCUUUUUGGAGUCUAUACAAUCUUGAUCGACUGAUUGCCAGUACUCUUGGACGGCCACUUGGAAUAGCGGACGAAGACAUCUCUGUAAGUCUGCCGCGAGAAUUCAACGAUGACUGGACGGAGGCCCCCGGGGCUAGUGCCAUGACCAUUCCCUUGCAAGUGGUGCGUCUGCGCCGAAUCUUUUCACGCAUCUACCGUUACUUAUUUAACAAUCAAUCGCCACCCCCUCCCACCGAGGUCGCCAUUACCCUCAGUCAUUUCCGCCAGGAAUUGGAUGACUGGCGACGUGCAGCACCAGUGUACCCGCCAGCGCUUCUGUACUCCACUAGCUACUACGAUUAUCUGUACGCAACGACACUGCUCCUCAUGUACCGCCCCAGUCCGCGUAAUCCGACGCCCGACGCAACGAGCAUAGUGAGCUGCGGGGAUGCUAGCAUUCAAGUCAUUCGGUCGUACUGGGACAGCUAUUCUGUGGGUAAGCUCAAGUGGAUCUGGUUGACUCUCAGUCAAGUCUACUUUGCUGGCAUUACGAUCCUGUGGUGUCUCAAUCAAAAUCUCCAUUCUGUACGCGAGGGUCGUGUGGCUGCGUGGAAGCCGGAGGACCAGACAAUGCGACGCGCCAUCCAGGCGGUUGUUGUUUUGUUGGAGGAGUUUGGCAAGCGACGCCCAGGCGUGGAACGACUUGCGGAGACCUUUCGCAACCAAAGCACGAUGAUCUUCAGCCACUUGGCGUACCAACAGGAGCAGCAGCAGCAACAACAGCAACAGCAACAGCAGAUUCAACAACAGCAGCCUCUAGCACCACCCCCAUUACCACAACACCAGACGAUUUUGGAACAGCCACCGCCCCCGCAGCCGCAGCAUGUCUUGGUCGCACCACCGGUGCCACUGGCGCCGGUGCUAGAUGACGUACUGUUGGUUAAUGGAUCGGGGACGGUGCCAAUGUUUGAUCCACAACUGGCUGAGCAAUUAUUUUAUUCCUAUGACUGCUCCUAUCAACUUGAGAUCCUCCCUGAUACCUUCAUUCUCAUCUCAUCCGCUGGCACUAUCGAAUCCAUCCACCCAUCCACCUCGGCAGCCUCCAUCCCAAGUCUUCUCGCAGAGCACGGAUACUCUGGAUCUACCUGCACUGUAACGACUCUCCAACCCUCCGAGUUCUUCGUUCCAGGCUUCAUCGACACCCACACUCACGCUCCCCAAUGGGCGCAACGCGGCACCGGGCGGGGAAUCGACCUGCUUACCUGGUUAGAGACCAUCACCUUCCGCCACGAAGCUAAACUUUCCGAUCCGGAAUACGCGAAGUCGCUCUAUACCUCCUGCGUCCGCGGUGGCCUCAAACAAGGAAUCACCACCGCCUGCUACUACGGAUCUCGUCAUGCAUCUGCUUCGGUGAUCCUCGCGGAGACCUGCCUCAGCCUAGGUCAGCGCGCUCUUAUCGGGAAAUGCAACAUGAAUCGCCAUGCACCGGAGUGGUACCGUGAUUCAUCGGUGGAGGAGUCUCUACGCGAUACGGAGGACUUCAUCGCCGAGGUAAGGGAGCUUGACCCGGCGCACGGACUAGUGACGCCGGUGAUCACGCCACGGUUCGCGAUCAGCUGUGAGGAGGAGCUACUGGCUGGGCUCGGAGAGGUCGCGUCCCGGAACAGUGACUUGCCAAUUCAAACACAUUUCAAUGAGUCGCGUGGAGAAGUGGAUUUUACAAGGUCAUUGUUCCCAGAAGAUAAGAGUGAAACAGAACUAUAUGAGCGACUUGGGUUGCUGAACGAUCGUAGCAUCCUUGCUCACUCUAUAUAUCUUUCUGAUGCGGAGAUCGAACGCAUGGCUGAGUUGAAGUGUGGGAUCGCUCAUUGUCCCCUCCCCAAUGUCACAAUGGAUGAGUUUAUGGUUGCGCCAGUGCGGGAGUACUUGAGACGUGAUAUCAAGGUUGGGUUAGGGACCGACUGUGGUGGAGGGUAUUCGAGUUCUAUGCUCGACGUGAUGAAGGCUGCGUUUGUGGUGUCCACGGCGCGCUGUACGAUGACGCAGGGGCGGGAUAAGCCGCUGAGUGUCACCGAGGGGUUCUAUUUGGCCACGCUGGGAGGUGCGAGAGUGUGUGGGUUGCAGGAGAAGGUUGGGAAUUUUCUGGUCGGCAAGGAGUUUGAUGCACUGCUUGUCCGGGCAGAUGGGGAGGGAGUGAUGGCACCGGUGGAGGAAGAGGACGGGAUACAGGAGGUGUUUGAGAAGUUCCUGAUGACGGGGGAUGACCGUAAUAUUGGGCGGGUGUUUGUCAAGGGACGCGAGGUGCAUAGGAUUCAGUAG